AUCUUUUAUUACAUGUCCCUAAGUUUUAUCAUCAACUUACCCAAGGAUCAUGGCAAAAUCCAUAAUUUUGCCCCCAAAACCUGCCCUCAGUUUAUACAUGAGGUCGACUUAUAGUCAAGUAUUUACGGUAGAUGUUUUUACUAGCUUCAUGACAGUGUAGCUGUAAGCCUAUACCCUCAUAUCAUGGCAUGUCCCCCCUUUAAUUUAGGGUGAGUACUUCUGAGUAACUAUACAAGCAAAUCUCAACAAAACCUGACAAAUAAGCUUUUUGCAAAGUCUGAUGCACACCCUGCUACCUUUUUGGGUAGCUAGAAGUUUUUUAGCAGCUAUAGCAUUGGGAGGAUGGUGAAGGAGAACUGGAGAAACAUAGACUUUAUGUAUGGUGUUCCAGCAGUGUGUGUGUGCUGUAAACAAUGCAAUAAAGCUUGAACUGGGAAAUAAUGGGAUUGUUCUGUAGCGGCUCUGGUUCUAGCCAUGCCUGCCUGCCUGCCUGCCUGCAACAGGCAAGGUAAACAGUUUCCUCCAGAAUAUCUUCCUGAGAAUGUAUGAACAGCAACACAAAACAGCUCAUCAGCUACUGCCAGUUUGUUAGAAAACCAUAGUUCUGGCCACAAUAACGGGAAAUUGUAAGUAAAGUGGAGGGUGGUGAAAGAAAAAAAGUUAUCCCUGGAUGCAUUUUGGAAGAGGCCUUCAGGAGGCCUCUUGAAAGUUAUUGUUUAUUUAUGCAUGACCUCCCUGACUUGAUGGUGUGUAUUUUUUAUUUUGAAUAUAAUGUUUGCUGUAAUGCUAAGCUGUUCUUUUUUCUUUCUUUCUUUUUUAAUGCAGGAAUAUAUCCUUACUUCUUCUAUGUCAUUUUUGCCUCUGCUACUAAAUUUUCUGUUAAAGAAGUAAUAAUUAGGAACACAACUACUUUGUUAACAGGGGAACGGGAGAAGGGGAAAAAUCUGUAACCUCCUGAAAUGCCAUCAUUUAAAAAAAAUGCUUGAGGAUGCACCUUAUUUAGGGGGAAAACAGAUAUCUAUAUGCUUUUUCCCUUCAGGUGUAAAAGCAUCUUCUGGGGUAGAGAUGGGGUACUUCCCUGGGAUUCUGAUUUUUCUAAAACAUUAUAUAAACUGCUAGUGAUCUGUGAAGGAUUCCAAUGCUGUGGGUAUAAUAUUUUUUAAAAAACAAAAUACCAUAUUGUGGCAUAAAAAGAGGCACAAAAGUUAUUCAACCAAAAAACAAAAUAAUUCAUUAAAGGAAUUUGAAAUUUAAACUGAUUGAGACAAAUAAAUCUUUUGAUGCUUAAAGAAAUGGCAAGUGUCAAUGUAAUACUUCUGAAUACAAGCAUCAUACAGAUACAGUGGACCAGAGAACCCUAAUCUCAAUUGUUGCUGUGUUGUUUGUACAUUGAAGCUUCUGCACACACAAAGGGAGUUGUAGUACUUUGUGCAUUUCAUUUGCUUUCAGAAGCUUGAUAGGAAUGAGUCCUACAUUUGGUAUAAUAUGAGAAGGGGAGAGAGACCAAUCUUAAUCUGAAGAAUAGAGAGGACAUAAUAUUUAACCCAGUAGAGAAGGGCGGGCACUUUGUUAAUUAUGGACACUUUCCUUGUGUCAGGGCACCCCAUCAUUUCAGGCUGCGGUUGAGUCCUAGAACCUAUAUCUGCCUGCACUGAUUAUUUUUAAAAACAAUUUCACCAUGCCUUCAAAAUUGAUAUUUUGAAUUUUGUUACAGACUUCUUAAGGAGGAGAAUGGAGGAAAAGGCGGCGACUCAGGUUAUUAGGAAAUUAAAGGGAAAGAUUGGCUAAUCCGGUAAUCCUGCACCUGCUUGCUUUUGGGAAUAAAAAGACCCACUCAACACAAUGGGAUCUACCAUUACUCCAUGGACACUUUCAAUCAGUUUUGCCCAGAAAAUCAGUCAGUAAUCAGCAAAAUGCAGAAGAAAUUCUGGAAAACAAAGCAAAUUCUACUAAAACUAACAGGAGAAAAAGAAGACGAACAUGUGGUAGCAUCUGAUGCUGAGUUAGAUGCCAAAUUAGAGGUUUUUCACAGCAUUCAGGGGACCUGCACAGAUCUUCUAAAAACAAUUGAAAAAUACCAGCACAGCUUAAAUGCUAUAGCUGAACAGGAAAAUGAAUUAGGGCUGUUCUUGAAGUUUCAAGCAGUGCAGGAAGAAACUCAAAUUGACAGAAUGACCGCUUCCACUGGCCAGGCCCUCUGUUGUUCUUCCCAACAAAGGCUAGCUCUUUGCACUGCUUUAUCUCGCCUUGGGCAAGAACUAGCAACAUUUAGCCAGAGAGCUGUGUCUGACACCUUGCUAACAAUCAGUCGAAUGGAGGAAGCACGUACUGAGUAUCGAGGGACUUUGCUGUGGAUGAAGGAUGCUUCCCAGGGACUGGAUCCAGAUACAUGCAAACAAAUGGAGAAGUUCAGAAAAGUGCAGAUGCAAGUUAGAAAUACUAAAACCCAAUUUGAUAAACUGAAGAUGGAUGUUUGCCAGAAGGUAGACCUUCUUGGAGCCAGCCGCUGUAAUAUGCUGUCACACUGUCUUGCUUCUUACCAGACAACCUUUUUGCAUUUUUGUGAGAAGACUGCUCAAAAGAUGUCUGAAAUUAAGGAAGACCUUGUACAUCUCCAGUCACCUCAUCAUAUCACAUCUGAGAAACUUAUUGACCAAUCUACUGUAGAAGACAAUGAUGAUGCCAGGAGGGACAUUACCACUGCAGAUUUUAAUAAGAUGAUUUUAGUGGAAGAUGAAAGCUCUGAAGCUCUGACAGAACUCCAAACAGACUCCUUGGAAGAUUUUGACAGCAAUUUUUCUUUCCUGAAGAAUUUGUCAAGGCCCAGUUCUUCAAGUGCAGGAAAUAUCACACAGGAGUGUCACACUGUGGUUGAUAGUUCUUGCAUCCAUCUCCCUGUUCAGGGAUUGGCUACAGAGGAACAGUUCCAAGCUCACUCACCUGCAUUUCUGCCUUCACAACUCCUUGAUUUUGGCUUCCACACUGCUGAGAGAUGCAGUACUGCAGAGGCACAUUCCCAAGACAUGGCAGCAUGGUUUGGUGCUUUUGCAGACCUGGAUCCCCUUUCAGAUCCAGACGCUGUUGGACGUUCAGAUGAUGAGCUCCUCACUGCAUGAUUAAGUGGAAACCAGGACACAGGUUCCUCUGGCAUCAGAUUUCUGUGUCCUUCAAAGAAAACUCCUAAGACUGUGUUCUUGUUAUCAGCAGAGAUAAAGAAUACUCAUUGAUGGCAGAAAAAGGACAUCAGUAUGGUAAAGACCAAAUGUGCCUCUUGAUUUCAUGAGUGUUGGCCUUGCUAUAAAAGCUUAUAUUGCUUUUAUGGAAAUGCCUAACAUAAUUUGUUUCUAAAGAGAAUGACACCAAUGUGUUUUUGAAAUCUAAAAAUAUCUCUUUACUGUGCUCCUACUUUUAUAGGUAAAUGUUUGAGAACACAGAAAACUGUUCACUCACAUGUUGCUCUCGUGCUGGUAGAUAUCACUGGGCUUUGUGAUUCAUUUUGGAUACUUUUAAUACUUCUGAAUCUGAGAUGUUGCCCUUUUUAUCUACUCCAUCUGUGCUUCAGUAACUAAAGGAAACAUAUAUUUGUAUGUGUCAUCUUCAUAUUGCUGGGACUUGUAAAAUCCCCAGUGAAUGUUAGAUUAUCUUUCUAUUGCUUUAACUGUUUAUUUUUGUAGUCAUAUAGAGCAAUCAAAACUCUAUAGUGUUUUGCAACUGGUAAAAUCCAGUU